UUCGCACCUCGCUGGCGCCGGUCACGGAAAAAGAAAUCUAUACGAAAAACAAAGGCACGCCCGUGAAUGUGAAAAAUUAGCACACAUUGCCAGUGGUGCGAGGGAACAGUUGGAUAUUUUGAAAAGUUUCAAAUAAACAAAAUUGCUUCACGCCCUCGCUUGAUCGCAUCACAGAAGAGGCACCCACCGACGCCCGUGUACAACAAUAUUCCUGCUGGCCUACAAGAUCUUGCCAAUAAGGGUCAGAAAAGAUGGCAAGGGUAUAAUUAGUUGCGUGCUCUGAUUAAUUGCCGAUUUAUUCAUUCGCAAGAAUAAAUAGAUGACCCCACGAGGCGUACAGGGAGCGGCAGCAAGAACACCAAAUUGCCGACAGCUGGAGCCAGCCUCUCGUUUGGUCGGUCGGUCAGUCGAAAGCGAACGUUUAUUAUUGUAUUGGCCUGGCCGCAAGAGUAUAAACAAAUAACAACUGACAGAAGUGGGCCCGAGAAAAAUGGAGAACGUGCGCUUCUCGAUAAUCGAAAAUGAUCUUAAAUGGAACUCGGAGAGCGAUCAGGCGGCCGACCAGGACGCUGACCUGCUCUUCGACAAAAGCAGCGUUUCGAGUGAAGCCAACUUUGAUGCGGACUUCAGCAAAGAGGCGCAGAAGAUUUUCGACCGCCAGCAACAAACCCAGAACUUGUGGCGCCCGCAAGAAAUUGAGCGUACAUUGUGUGCAAUGCCUAAUGCCAAGCACGUCUUGGAUAUGGUAAAGACGGGAUGCAUUUUGGAACUGAUUCCCGACUCCAGCGAAUGCAAUCUGGCUCUGAUUUGCUGUUCAAUAUACGGGAGUGUGGAGAACAUUGUGUAUCUGCUGAACCACUACAAUGCCGACCCGAAUGCCACCGACAACAGGGGUCGUACACCCCUGCACUUUGCCUGCUUUCGAGGAAAUGCUCCGAUUGCGAAGGUACUGCUCGAUCGCGGCUCUGAGCCGAAUCGAUGGGAUGCCAGAAAGGAGGUUACGCCGCUGCAUUGCGCUGCCAGUUCCAAGAGCGUUGAGUGCAUUCUCCUGCUGCUGCGUCGAAAGGCGAACAUCAACAUCGGCAUCGAGAAACUAUCUGCCUUGCACUACGCCAUAGAUGGGAACGCCGUAGACUGCGUCGAAAUUUUACUCAAGUAUGGAGCGGAUCCGAACACCCCUCAGGUGUACACCGAGACACCCCUGCAUACGGCCAGUGCAUUAGGUUUCACCAAGUGCGUUCAAUUACUCCUCAGCCACCAUGCCGAUGUUCGCUCGCAGUUCUAUGAAGGAAAAGUCACGGCGUUGCACUUGGCUGCAGAGAACGACUACGUCGACUGCGCGCGACUUCUCUUGGAACACAAAGCAGAUGUCGACUGCCGAAAUGCCAGCCAACAAACGCCACUACAUAUAGCCUGUCUCACGCAGUCGAUCGCUACUGUCCAUCUGCUUAUAUCAUACGGCGCGAAUGUGAAUGCCACUUACCGUGAGGGCAGAACGGCUCUGCACGCAGCCAUCGUGAAGAAGUCCGAUUGCCUGGACUGCUGCUACGCUUUAUUGACCGCGGGUGCGGACGUUAAUAAGGCUGACCAUUUCGGAUUCACCCCACUUCACGCUGCAGCGUUCAAUGAGUACAGCAACUGUGUCUUUGCGUUGAUUGAACACGGAGCCGAUGUGACCGCCCGCACCGAUGGACGUGUCUCAGCGCUGUCGUUCAUAGUGCGACGCACUCCCGAAAUAAUUCCGAAACUAAUGAACAAAUUUAGCUCUUCGAUCAAGGCCUACGAUCACGAGCUUGGCAAUGUGGACUGCCAGAUCUAUCUUGACUUUCAGCCCUUGGUUCCCAGCCGAUCGAUGGAGCGCGGCGAGACGGAGAUGCUGCUCGCGCUGAUAGAGGUCGGGCAAAAGCGCAUAUUGAUGCAUCCACUCUGCGAGACGUUCCUUUUCCUCAAGUGGCGCCGCAUCCGCAAGUUCUUUCUAAUGAGUCUUGCCUAUCACACCAUCUUCGUGCUUCUGUUCACCCUGUACGUGAUUGGAGUGUUUGCACGCUCCUGCAAGGACGGGGCGACUUGCAUAGCUCCAGGCUAUAUUUCCACAAGUUGCUACUUUGUAAUCGUACUAAAUUGCAUUCUGCUCGGAAAGGAGUUGUUUCAGAUGGCGCACGGCCUCCACGGGUAUGCGAAAUACUGGGAAAACUGGCUUCAGUGGUCAAUUGUCUUUGGAGUGUUUCUCUGUGUGUCCCCGGAGAUCGUGCGUACUGGUGACUUGAGGGCGGUCCCUAUAUGGCAGCACCAUGUGGCCGCAGUGGUCAUCCUCCUAGUCUGGCUGGAGCUGAUGAUGUUGGUUGGUCGCUUUCCCAUAUUUGGAAUUUACGUUCAAAUGUUUACCAAAGUGGCUGUCAACUUUGGGAAAUUUAUGUUGGCCUACAUAUGCCUGUUUGUGGCCUUCGGGCUAAGCUUCGCUGUGCUCUUCAAUGAUUACCCAGCCUUUGAGAACAUAACAUGGUCAUUUCUGAAGACUAUUACUAUGAUGUCCGGCGAGCUGGAGUUUGAAGACAUUUUCUACGGGGACUACGCCGUAAAGUUCCCCGUCACCGCCCACAUAAUCUUCUUAUCCUUUGUCCUGCUGGUCACUGUGAUUCUAACCAAUUUGAUGGUGGGCUUGGCUGUCAGUGACAUCCAAGGACUGCAAGUCAGUGCCUCACUGGACCGCCAGGUGAGACAGGCAGAACUUGUGUCGCGCUUAGAGAGUCUCUUCUUUUCGCGACUAUUAAGGAAUGCGCCUGCCCAUCUGAUCCAGCUUUGCAAGCGGAGUGCCUUGUUGAGCACCUCUCGCGACAAGCUGCAGUUCGCAUUUCGACCCAACGAUCCGCGUGACAACCAGUUACCCGAGAACAUCAAGCUUAAUAUAUACAAACUGGUGGCCGAAAGGCGUGACAGGAAUCAGAGUCUCCGGCGUCGUCAGUUCGAAAGCAACUACAACAUCUUCAGUCGCAGUCUGCAGCGCCAGCAGCAGUGCCCCCAGCCGCAGAGAGACGCGGCUGACACGACCCAGAAUAAGCCGUCACAGCAGUUCUCCCAUAUGAACGAGCUGCUACGUCCUCGGUCUGCCACGAAUGUCCCGCAGCAGCUUCGACAGGAGCACGAGGUGACGGUCAACCUGAAGAACCACACGAAUGCCCUGAGUGACUUACGUAUCGAGGUGCAAGCACUCAAGGCUCAGCUGGGGGAUCUGAUGACGAAAUUCGAGCAGUUCUCAGAGAACGCCACACGCAAAUUAAACUACAGUGCUGAUGAGCUCUGCCGCAUGCGCCAGAGCCAGUCGACCAGCACGGACCCACAUUGUCAAAGCCGCCAUUACCACCGAUGAGAUUGGACGAGUGUCUAAA